AUGGACUUGCUCAGGAAAAAUGGGCUGCUGGAGUAUGGGAGGAAAGCCUCAUUCGUAUAUCUGGCCCUCAGACUAACGGUUGUUGGGGUAGGGUUUAUGAGAAAAUCAUUUAUCUCGGGGAGGGGAUCUGUACUCAAGCCGAUGUGUCUGUCGCUUUCCCUCACAAACAUCUACAUGUUCAUCUAUCUUGAAAACGCCAUAUCACGGAAGAACAUAGAGCAGUGCAAGGCAUACUGGGCCAUUGCUCUCAUGGCGACUCUUGAGGCAUCUGUGGUUAUCGAGACUCUCUUCAAGUUCCAUCUGAAGGAGAUGGACGUCAUGGUGCUAUCCUUUAUGUAUCUGGGGCUAUGCUUUUGCGAGGUGGUCAGAGUGCACUUCAUAUGUAAGGAGUACGGAGAUAUGUUCGAGUGGUUUUAUUUCAAGUACACGGGGGCCUGUACCAAGACGAAGAUUGCAUACAAGACAAGAGCAAGAUAUGAGGCAACAAAGUUCCUGAUGAUCUUGAUGGCCAUCCAGGGGGUCUAUCUCCAGAUCGAGGGGCUCAAGUGCUGUCCAGUAGGCAGUAUGAGAAUGAUGUACAUAGUACUCGACCACUCCUUUGAGAUAGCUAUGCUUUUCUUGAUGUUUGUUCGGCAGAACGAGGAGGACGAGGAGCAGAGGAUGCUCCUGAUCAUGAUCGUUGCACUGAACAUCUCAUAUUGUGUGUUCCAAGUUACUCUCUACAAAUACAGCGACGAACCAUGCUGGUCUUUAAGAAGAUUCUUCAUCAUCAGAAACAUCUUUGAAGGCACCAUCAACACAUGCUUCCUCUACUACUGCAUCCUAGACUACAGAUACUUUGGGUCUGGGCUCAAGGAGGUGUUCUUUCCCACGGGCAAGAACCGGGAGGUGCUGAGGAUGGAAGAAGAGAAUGUCAAUCUGUCUAUCCAAGAAUAA